UUUCAUGUUCCUAAAUUUCCUAUCAAAAAAAUAGACAUUAAUCCUCUUAUUUCACGGAUCUCUUUAUUACAUUCCUGAAUUCUCUCUCUUCAACGCGCAUUCCACUCAGUAAACCCACCUCUCCCAAAAUCAGAUCCAUUGACUAUUAAAAUACACAAUUUCACCUCUUUUUCCCCCUUAAAAUCUUCAUUUUGUCAGAUCUCUUCUCAUCAUUUUCAUCUCUCUCUACUUUUUUUCAAUUUGCUGGAAUUGAAAAAUGGCGCAGAUUUUGCUGCACGGAACUUUACAUGUUACGAUAUAUGAAGCUAGUGAUCUUCACCAUGGAAAUGAUCCCGGUGUUUUCCGCAAGCUUAUGGCAAAUAUUGAAGAGACAGUCGGUCUUGGGCAAGGAACUCCCAAAAUGUAUGCAACUAUUGAUCUUGAAAAGGCUAGAGCUGGGAGAACUAGAAUUAUAGAAAAUGAACCUGCAAACCCCAGAUGGUACGAGUCAUUUCAUAUAUACUGUGCACAUUUAGCCUCAAGCAUUAUUUUCACCGUGAAAGAUGACAAUCCAAUCGGAGCGACAUUAAUUGGAAGAGCAUAUGUACCUGUCGAGGAAAUCUUGGGUGGGGAAGAAGUUGACAGAUGGGUUGAAAUAUGUGAUAGAGACAAGAACCCUUUAGAUAGUGGUGCCAAGAUUCAUGUGAAGCUGCAAUUUUUUGAAAUUACCCAAGAGCGUAGUUUCAAUCAUGGCAUUAGAAGUGGAAAAUAUCCUGGAGUUCCUUACACCUUUUUCCCACAAAGGACAGGAUGUAAGGUCUCUCUGUAUCAGGAUGCCCAUAUCCCAGAUAAUUUUAUUCCGAAAAUUCCUCUUGCUGGUGGCAAGUAUUAUGAGCCUCAUAGAUGCUGGGAAGAUAUCUUUGAUGCAAUUACUAAUGCAAAACACAUGAUUUACAUUACUGGAUGGUCUGUAUACACAGAGAUCGCGUUGAUAAGGGAUUCAAGGAGGCCAAAGCCUGGUGGUGACAUAACCAUCGGCGAGCUGCUUAAGAAGAAGGCAAGAGAAGGUGUGAAGGUCUGUAUGCUUGUGUGGGAUGACCGAACAUCUGUUGGUGUGUUGAAGAAGGAUGGUUUAAUGGCAACACAUGAUGAAGAGACUGGGCAAUUCUUCCGCGACACUGAGGUGCAUUGUGUUUUGUGCCCUCGCAAUCCUGAUGAUGGUGGAAGCAUAGUUCAGGAUCUACAGAUCUCUACUAUGUUUACUCAUCAUCAGAAGAUUGUGGUGGUUGACAGUGCAAUGCCUGAGGGUGGGUCAGACAAGAGGAGGAUUGUGAGUUUUGUUGGGGGAAUUGAUCUUUGUGAUGGGAGAUACGACACCCCAUUCCAUUCACUUUUCAGGACCCUUGACACUGCACAUCAUGAUGAUUUCCAUCAGCCAAACUUUCCUGAUGGUGCAAUUACAAAAGGUGGUCCUAGAGAACCUUGGCAUGACAUUCAUUCUCGUGUUGAAGGACCUAUUGCUUGGGAUGUCCUGUUCAAUUUUGAACAGAGAUGGAGAAAACAGGGUGGGAAAGAUGUACUUGUUCCACUGAGGGAACUUGAUGAUAUUAUUCCUCCCUCACCAGUGACUUUUCAGGAUGAUCCUGAGACAUGGCACGUUCAGCUGUUUAGAUCAAUUGAUGGUGGUGCUGCUUUUGGUUUCCCCGACACACCUGAAGAUGCAGCCAGAGCAGGGCUUGUAAGUGGUAAAGAUAACAUUAUUGAUCGAAGCAUCCAGGAUGCUUAUAUCCAUGCAAUUCGCCGAGCUAGGAAUUUCAUUUACAUUGAAAAUCAGUAUUUCCUUGGAAGUUCUUUUGCAUGGGAGCGUGCAGAUGAUAUCACAAUUGAGGAAGUUGGUGCCUUACAUCUGAUCCCCAAGGAACUCUCCUUGAAGAUCGUUAGCAAGAUUGAAGCAGAUGAGAGAUUCACUGUUUACGUAGUUCUUCCAAUGUGGCCAGAGGGAAUACCGGAAAGUGGAUCAGUGCAGGCCAUAUUAGACUGGCAAAGGAGGACAAUGACGAUGAUGUACAAGGAUAUUAUUACUGCUCUGCGGGCCAAGGGUAGUGACGAGGAUCCGAGAAACUAUCUGACAUUUUUCUGCUUGGCCAACCGGGAGGUGAAAAAAGACGGUGAAUAUGAACCUUCAGAACAGCCUGAACCUGACUCUGACUAUGAAAGAGCUCAGCAGAAUCGACGGUUUAUGAUCUAUGUUCAUUCAAAAAUGAUGAUUGUUGACGACGAAUACAUUAUUGUUGGAUCUGCCAACAUCAACCAAAGAUCAAUGGAUGGUGCAAGGGACUCGGAAAUAGCCAUGGGGGCCUACCAACCUCACCACUUGGUGACAAGGAACCAACGAGCACAAGGUCAAAUCCACGGUUUCCGAAUGGCCCUGUGGUAUGAGCACCUUGGCAUGCUUGAUGAUUCUUUCAAGCGCCCUGAAAGCAGUGACUGUGCUGAGAAGGUAAAUCGAUCUGCAGACAAGUACUGGGAUCUCUAUUCAAGCGAAUCUCUUGAGCGUGAUUUGCCUGGUCACCUCCUCCGCUAUCCUAUUGGUGUCUCUAGUGAAGGAGAUGUCUCAGAGCUCCCAGGCUUUGAGUUCUUCCCCGACACCAAGGCACGAGUGCUUGGUGUUAAAUCUGACUAUCUCCCACCAAUCUUAACUACCUAAUCUAAUCAAUAUUGAGAAGUAACAUCCCAUCUUCUCAUGCUUUUGCGAAUCAUACUGGAGUUUUAGACAGAAUAAUAAAGUAGUAGCUUGGUGAUUUUAGAUUUCUGCAUCUGGUUUUUACUUUUUAAAACUUACAAGGGUUUAUGUGAUAUUGGUGGUUAGAAUACCAGGUCAAUGAGAUUGUUAACAAACUUUGUACUGUAUUUGCGAGUAUCUCGAUAUGUAUUAUGGCGUGAGAGAAUCUCUUGUAAACUUUUUGCCCUUUACUGUAAUGAGGCAAUGAGCUAUAGUUUUGUGUUUUGGUUAUUA